AUGCUCGGCUCUUGGGGUCUAAGCCCCAGAUCUACAUCGAGAUGGGCAGCGGCUGCCGCAGCGGCGUCUUUCCUGCUCGUCAGCCACGUCGCAAACCCCGCGACAGCGUUGUACGUGAGCGAAGGCUCCCCAUGCUGGGAUGUCUGUAAUGACCCCACCAACACCACCACCUCGGAGAUUGUCUGCAUGGACGCGGCCUACAACGACACCACGACUGGCAAGAACUUCAAGGAAUGCGUCUCGUGUGCGCUCAACAGUACCUACACUGAUCCCAGUGGGUUGGUGACGGACGUGGACUGGGGAUUGUAUAACCUCCGCUAUGCGUUCAGCGCCUGUAUCUACGGUUACCCGGCGGGCGUCGACAGCGUCUCGUCGCAGUGCUUGGUUUCCUGCCAAGGACUAGACAGCGCGAUCGAGUUCGAAUUGCUCACUCCGAACGAUAUCAAUCUUCGCGCCUGGUGCUCUACCUCCACGUUUGCCGAUAAUCAGAUAGACACCUGCGAGUUCUGCUACAACUUGACCGAAACACAAGUGCUUAUGGCAAAUUGUGAGUCAAUAGUCAUCGAAGCCCUCCGCUAUGACUGCCACUUUCCCGUUCCGUCCCAAACAGCCUUCCCGAUCAGCCCGUCGUUGAUUUUUGCCCAGGAACAAUUACCUACCUAUAGCAGCGACCUGCUGGACACGCCCAGCGGGGGCGGGGUGAACUAUAAAUUGGCAACUCUCAUCGGUCUGCCGCUCAUGGGUUUCGUGAUUCUCCUUUUCAUCUUGACUAUCGGCUGUGUACUCGGCAUCAGCUGGUGGCGACGCCAAGAGCGUGAGGACGAGGAGUUGCGCCAGUGGAAGGCCAUGGCGGCGGAGAAUCCGUGGAGCGAGUACCCGCCGCCGGAGAUGUACUCGCAGCCGCAGCAGAUCACGCAGUACGGUUCGGGAUUCCAGGUCGUGGAUACUGAUGGUCGCACUCAUGAGGUGGGGUACUCCAAGCAGGUGAUGAUGAAUGUGUCUGAAGAUAAGGGGAAGAGUCCGUCGCAGGAGUAUCCGGGGGAGUUGAAGCUGUGA